CUCCCCAAUGGUGUCUAUUAUGUACUGCAAACAACACUUGGCUCCUCUGCAUCCAAAAUUGUCUACUCUUUCUCUCAUAUUUCCUCUACUUCUCAAGAAUUUUGUCCUCCAUAGCCUUCUUCCAAGAGACAAACAUGUCAGAUGAGGGAGUACAGAGAGUGGUGGUCAUCCAAGAUGGAUCAUCGAAGGAGAUAUGUACAAGGGCUAUCAGAUGGGCUUUGAAAAACUUAAACCUUAAGCCUCCUCUUGACAGUGUCACUCUUGUUGCAAUUAUUCAACCCUUCAAGUCUGCUACUACAUCAUCCUUCAUGGGCUGCGGAUUACUGAUGGGCCAGAGCAAAUUGGACUCUAGCAGAACAGUGGAAAAAAGAAGGGAACUUUUUGACAGAAAAAUUGCAGAGAAGCUAGAUGAGUACCAUAAUAAUGCCCUGAUCAGGGACACACUUGAGCACUAUGCGAGGCAACAGAUUCAAUUCCAAAUAAAAAUGGAAACAGGAAAAUCAUUGAAAGAAGCAGCUGUACAAGCUGCCAAGAACUUAGAAGCAACCACUGUAAUUCUUGACAGAGGGAUGAAGAAAGACAGGAAAUACAUAACGGACAAUCUUACAUGUGCAAUACUACGGCUGAAGCAUGACAACAACAUAGAACGUCUGAAGGAAUCAAAGGCAAUAAAUCAUGACCAUCACUGUCAUCAUCAUGCCAUACAUAUACCCAAGAAGGAAAUCUGUGACACACCUGAAACUUUUUGCAAGGAGUUCACUUAUGAGGAGCUGAGAGUAGCAACAAAUAAUUUCUCCCCAGAGAAUUUGGUAUCAAAAGGAGAAUAUGAUUGCAAGAGAGUGUACAAAGGAGAGUUACCAAAUGGAAUGGAGGUAAUAAUUAAAGAACAUAGCUUCUACGCGGACAUGGUGAGAAGAGAUACCUCGAAAAGCACAAACCUAAAAGACUUCAAGUCCGAGGUCCAAGCUCUUGGGAAACUCCGACACGACAACAUAGUCAUGCUGUUGGGAUCGUGCUCACAACUGGGUCUUAGGUUGCUUGUUUAUCAAUAUGUCUGCGCCGACUCUUCUCUCGACCAGAUCCUCUCAAAGAAACGUGAAGAACUGCCAUGGGAAGCAAGAUUGAAAGUUGCAGCUGGGGCAGCUAGAGGAUUACAGUAUCUGCACAGACACAACUUCUAUGGAAAUGUCAGAUCUUACAACAUCUUCAUAACCCAUGACCACCACCCACUGUUGGGAAAUUUUGGAGUGACAAGAAACCAAUACGAGGAGGAAUCAACAUCAGAACAGGGAUCAGGGAAGAGGGCGAUGACAACUUUCGAAUAUCUAGCCCCUGAAUUUGAAGAAAUUGGCAAAGAUACCUCCAAAAGUGACAUUUAUGCUUUUGGGGUUGUUCUCCUACAACUCAUCACUGGUCGGAGGACUACUCAAGAUACACGUGGCCUUAGUUUCAUGAGAUGGGGAAGACCACUUGUGGAAGAAAAGAAGUAUCCAGAAUUAAUUGAUCCAAUGUUGAUAGAGUCACAUAACCUUCAUCAAUUCUAUUGGAUGGUCCAUGUGGUGGACAAAUGUAUCAAAUGGGAACCUCGUACAAGACCCUCAAUUGACAAGAUUGUGACCACUCUUUCAUGCAUAGCUCAAGGUUGCAACAUUGACUUCUCUUCACCUGAUUCUCAAGGCAGUGAAAAUAAUCAUCAAUAUGUCUGAUUAUGAAAGAGCCAUCAAUCUCCGACAUUAAUUAAAUGAUUAAAGUUUCUCUCAAUCUCUCUCUCAGUAUAACGGUAAUAUCACGUCAUUAGUAAUAUGUAAUAUCCUCAACCAAUAAUAAAACUAUAUAACAAUAGAUUCUACUGUUCAAAUGAAAUUGAGUGUUCUAAAAUAAUUUGUAAUCAUGACAUAUACAAUGUGAGAUAUAUUAAUUUGUUAUUGGAUAGUGAUACUACUUAUCGGUGAUCACGUGAUAUCAUCACUGUAUUAAUUUUUUUUUCCUUCUCUCAUGAUACACUACCAUGAGAUAAUGUUCAUGUAAGUUGGAUUCUAAAAAUAUCAAUUGGCAUUGAGGCUGUAAAUAGCUUUAAAACUCAAUAGAGGACUUCUCAAAUUGGAAGCAAAAGUAUUUUGAAAUGCCUCAUCGAAUUGAUGUACCUGUGUUUAUGUAUUAUUAUCAAGUAAUUACUGAUUCUUCAUUUUCAGCAUCAAGGUUUUUUGAAUGGAUGUAAAUGUUCACUGGGAGACAAAUUUAAAGACAAUUUCAUGAUUCGGGGAUAAUUUUUACAAUAGUCUUUUUUAUAAUUUUUUUUAAACAAUAAUUAAAGGGUAAUUCUUCUAUUUGUCUAGAAAAUGAAUUGGGUAAAUUAUACUAAUAGCCCCUACAUUUGUUUUGUGUCAUUUUGGUAUGUAUAUACUUUUAAUU